GCUGAGUGUUCACAGACCACAGACUCAGUCCCCCACACUUGCCUGUUUACAGUUAGUUUUAGGUCAGUGAAAUGUAAUCGUAAACUUGCCCCAGAAUUGGCACCCGGCCACUUGGCUGUGAAACAUGUUCCAAUCAGCGAGCUAACGAUGAGAAGGUUCCUCUUUCCUGUUUGUGUGAGUUGUGUGCAGCUUCCUGCGACACCGCAUUGUGUGAGAAGCCAUCUAUCUCCCUCUCCCCACGGCCACUAACCCCGGCUACUCUCCCACUGCCAGCGCCGGCCCGGCCCGGCCCGCUACAGCAGCAGCAGCCGCAGCCGCAGGUAGAAUCAUCAACGAUGGCUAAAAAGGGUUGUAUCGUUCUCACAAAGUACUUCUUGUUUGUCUUCAACCUCUUUUUCUUUUUCCUGGGAGGUGUGAUGUUGGGGUUCGGCCUGUGGAUUCUGUUUGACAAAACGAGCUUCAUCUCGAUUCUGGAGUCGGCCGUGGUGCCGCUGCGCCUGUUCUCCUACGUGUUCUCGGCGCUGGGCAUCUUCACCAUGAUGAUGGGAUUCCUGGGCUGCAUCGGUUCCCUGAAGGAGGUCAAGUGCAUGCUGGGGAUCUACUUCACCUUGCUGGUGCUCCUGAUGGCCUCCCAGAUCACGAUCGGAGUCCUGGUGUACACCCAGAGGAACAUGAUCGAGAAGAAGCUGAGCCUGUCGGUGAAGGAGCUGAUUGAAACUUACAGCCAGCUAGACAAACAUUUGCCCGAUCACGAGGAGAGUUGGGAUUACAUCCAAAUCAAGUUCUCUUGCUGCGGUUGGAACAGCUCCCUGGAGUGGACGAAGAAUCCUCUCGUCGGGAGGAAUGUGUCGGGGGUCCUGCCGUUCACCUACCCCUGCUCCUGCUACAACUCCUUCCCUGAGAAUUCCACCCAGUUCAACAUGACGGACGUCGUUGGGUUCUGCUCGGCCCCCUUCAACCCACUAACAGCAAAGCUACAGAGCUGCAAGAAAAUGGUGUUCCAGUGGGUAAAAGAAAAUAUCAUCAGCAUUAUGAUAACCUGCAUCGGCAUCAAUGUGGUGGAGCUCCUUGGGAUGUCCCUAUCGAUGUUAUUGUGUAGGAACAUCGACCCAGACUACGACAAACUCAUCCGCUUUCAGUAAACUGGAGAGCCCGAGGGCUGGUGUGGAUGGGGUUGAAAAACCAGCGAGUUUCUUUUUCUUUUUUUUAAUGUCUUCCUGCCAUAAUUUUACUUUUAGUCCACGUUUUAAAUCCCUCUCCAUGGAUUUGACUGCGAUCUACGGUUCAGAUGCUGUACCAUCUGACUCGCCCACUGCCAACCUUAAUCCAACCUAUAUCACAGAGUAAUUCAACAGUCGAUUCAAUCCACGGGGCCCUGGCAUUCCCUGGAUUUUAGCCGGGAGUGGACUCGGCCCGAUGUAUGUAUACUGGGCAGUGGUGAAAUAUUCCAUAUUGGAAACCAGAAGAAGUUGUGAAAGGUGAAGAACUCCCGUUCAUAGAAUCCCGUCCCAUGCUGGACAUCGGACGGUGUCUUGAAUGUGGUUUGGUUUCCCUUGGCACUUAGAACAUGGAACAGGACAGCACAGGAGCAGGCUCUUCGGCCCCCAACAUCCGUGCCGAACAUUAUCUGUGUCGGAAGGAACUACAGAUGUUGGUUCAAGCCCAAGAUAGACACAAACGCCGGAGUAACUCAGCGGGACAAGGCAGCAUCUCUGGAGAGAAGGGAUGGGUGACGUUUCGGGUCAAGACCAUUCUUCAGACUCUCAUCUGCCUGCUCAUAAUCCACAACCCUCCAUUCUCUGUGUAGGAAGGGUCUCGACCCGAAACGUCACCCAUUCCUGUGGGAGGGACCAUGCUGUGGGAGGGACCAUGGUGU